GCCUCUUCGGCAGCUUCCGGAAACCCGGAAGGGAAACAGCCGAGCGCCUUCGGUUACCUCCGGCGCGAUGGGCUGCCGAAGGAAGAGCUGAGUGCAUGGAGCAGUCCUCAGCCGGUAUGGGACUAUUCUCGCGAGCUCUCUGCGCGGCCCGAAGCUGCCGGGCAAUCGCACUGCCUGCCUGCAACCACCAAGCUGUGUCCGGCAGGGGCAGCGCGGCGGCAAUACGUCCGCAACAGCCGCGGCGUGGGCUGAGCGCCCGGCCUCGCUUAGACGAACUGUUUGCCAUCCCUUCCUUAAGCCGCCUCCUGGAGGCGCGGGUGCAGGGCGAGGCCGGAACGGAGCUGGCGGCGCGGAUCCAGCGGCUGCGUGACAAGGAACGGGAGCUGCGAGACACGCGGGAGCUGGCACUACAAGAUGAAAGUGAAGAUCUACGGAAACUUGCAGAAAGGGAAAUCGUUUCCUGUGAAGAAGAGAUCGCUGAACUGAAACACCAGAUAGUAUUGCUUUUGAUUCCUUCAGAAGAAACAAACAGUGGUCUUGUCAUGGAAGUAACUGCUGGAGUUGGAGGACAAGAAGCGAUGCUGUUCACUUCAGAGAUAUUUGAUAUGUAUCGACGAUACGCUGCCUAUAAAAAGUGGAAAUUUGAAAUACUAGAAUAUUUUCCCAGUGAAAUAGGUGGCCUAAGACAUGCAGUUGCCAGUAUAGCAGGCCUUGAUGCUUACAAGUACAUGAAAUUUGAAGGAGGAGUGCAUCGUGUUCAGCGUGUGCCAAAGACAGAAAAACAAGGGCGCAUUCACACCAGCACAAUGACUGUUGCAAUAUUACCCCAACCCACUGAGAUGGAGCUGAAAAUUAAUCCAAAAGAUUUGCGAAUAGAAACAAAGAGAGCUAGUGGAGCUGGAGGGCAGCAUGUCAAUACCACAGACAGUGCUGUACGGAUAGUUCAUAUUCCAACAGGGGUCACAUCUGAAUGUCAGCAAGAAAGAUCUCAAAUUAGAAACAAAGAGAAGGCUAUGCAAAUGCUUUGUGCUAAACUGUACAACAUCAAACUAGAAGAAGAAACCAGAAAGAGAAACAGUGUUCGAAAGAUUCAAAUUGGAACUAAAGGAAGAUCGGAGAAGAUCAGAACAUACAACUUUCCACAGGACCGGAUUACUGACCACAGGAUAAGCAGAUCAGUGCAUCAUACAGAGUGCUUCAUGUUAGGGGAAGAAAUGCUAGAUGAAAUGAUACAAACUCUGAAGGAAUACGCUGAUUAUGAAUCUUUAAUGGAAAUUAUUUCAGGACAUGAAAAAUGAAUCUUGCACUUUGUCAAGCCAUGUCUACAGGUAGAGAUAUUCGCCUGCAAAAGAACUCCUUGGAGCACUAUUCAGACAACAGAACUGCUUUUCAGAUAAUGAAAGCUGGUUUCCUCGUGGUGAUAAACAGUAUUCUUACUUGUUGAGUAAAACACCUUGUUGCUGCUGCA